AUGCCUCACAAUGAGUCUUUCAACUAUGAAGCAUUCAUCGAAACCCCUCGAAUCCGCCUCGCGGACCUCGCGAACUCACUCUCACUCACUAUGGAUCAACUCAAAGGCGUUCAAACUAUUGUAGCCUCUGUACUCGAAGAGGCCGGCUUGGGUGCGGAGGACUUGACUAGGAAAGACAGUUGUCUGCGGAGUAUGUUUGAAACUAUGAUCAAGCGGAUCGACGAUCGUGACAUCACUAUUCUAAAGGACGUGGACCAGCGCUGGGUCGAACACCUUCUUCGCGACUUGAUCUUAAAGGAUUCCACUUCGUCACGGAAACGCAUAGAGCCAGAGAGCAAUCCGAAUGAGACUCGAACCUCGAAGCGACCAGCAGCUACUCCUCCUAUUCAGCCCGACAAUAAGAGGCUGAGAACGUCGCACGGCGUCCCCAGGCUCAAUCAAGGUGCGUUGCCGAAUUCGCCUGAGCCUCACGUGCAGGCCUUCCCAUACCUUCCACAGCGAUUGCCAUAUCUUCCACUGCAAUCCACGGAAUUUCCACAGCAGCAAUCAGUCGGUGGGCCACCUGAAUCUCGGUCAGCCGGAUCUAAUGUCCAGUUCGGGAUGCCACCCAUUCCUUUGCCGUCGCAGCCAUCAUCUCAAUUCUCCUCUCCAAUCUCUAAAGACUUUGACUACUGCAUCAUCCGUUGCUUUCGAGCAGAUGACCACAAUGUACAGGCUCAUAUCUGUGGAUAUUCCAUUACAGGUCCUGCUGAACAGGACAACAAACCGCGAUUUGCCCAAGCGUCACUUGACAAAUUCAAGGAGCUACUUGUGGUUCUGCAAGUAAGCAGAAUGCCCGAUCAAGAGAAUCUAUAUGGCCUGAAGACCGCGAGUGGUCUCACCAACUGGUUCCGAAUAAAUAACGAAAUGGACUUCCAUGUCAGCUUAGCAAGUCAGAUACGGAUGCGUGGGAAUGACGACUAUGAGUUUCUAAUAGAAAAGAAAAAAGAGAUUGACGAUCAGGGUACUUCAUCAUCAGGAAAUAAGGACCGGCUUUCACCACUUGCUGUUUCCCCGCGUCCAAUUAUCAAUGAGGCACCUGCGAAAGAAGUAGGUCGGGCGUAUGAAGUGGGCAAUGGGAGCGGCUCGAAGGGAACCAGUCUUGAUGAAGCUAUGUUAGGCGCUGCCAGCCAGGCUGCUUCAUUCCUCAAGGAAACUGACACGCGUUUAUCAUCUACUAUCCCUCCAAAACAAACUAUGGACGAAGCGCUUGCAACGGACACAGCUCAGCCAUCUGAAGUGAACAAUCACAGCGACUUGAGGAAGACAGGGCUUGGGAUGGACAUGUUGAAUGUUGACGGCAAAGCUGUUACAUUCCCAAGCAUCGUUGUACAGCCUUCAUCAACUUCCACUUCCCCAAACCUAAUCAUGAACGAGGCAUUUGUAACAGAAGAAGCUCAGGCAUCAGCGCAUGGCAAUGAGAGUGAGAAGGGAGAGACUGGCCAUGAGGGGAGCGUGGAAGAGCAUGAGCAUCGAUCUACAGGAUUGGAGGACCUGAUGCAAACAGCGCCCACUUCCUUACCACAAGAUACUCAUGUGGAUUCAACCCUUGAAGCUGUGACGCCUUUUGGACAAAGCACAACUACAUUCCCACCUGGAAUCGGCGACCCAGCAAUACGUUCUGUGCCACCACCUGAUGAAGCCGAAAAUGAUGAGGAUGAGCUACGAGAGCUGAGUGCGAAGGAAGUUGAGGCGAUGCAAGCUGCGACGCUGAAAGCUAAGGAAACCGAGCCAAACGGAUUGACCGAAACGGAUUUCGAGGAAGAUCUUGAAGAAUCGGAUAUCGACCUGGAUCGGCAUGACUUGGAGCGCUUUAUAGCGGACGAUGAGGGUGGGGAUCUGGAUGAGGAUCUCCAAUUGGAGUAUCAGGAACGGAUGGGCCAUGCUCGCGACUCCAAGGUCUACGAACACAUGUCAAAAAAGGAGAUCGAAGAAUUUUGUCAAUUCUAUAUGAUUUCAGACGCCAUAUUAAUUCCCAAGCGAAGAGAAAAUAGGAAGGAUGGAGAGUCAGAAUUCAUCACACCUAGCUUCAAAAUGAGAGGUAUACUCUGCGAGCCAUACUGGUUCCAGCAUUUGGGAAUCCUCGUGCUAUUGAAAUUCUGCUCUGGACUGGGCGAAGGUGGGAUCUUGGCCGAUGAGAUGGGCUUCGGGAAGACCAUCACAAUAAUCCUAUACAUCACCGUCCAGAGAUGGAUCAACCUCAAUCACAUCGACGUCGAUACUGAUCGCGAGUCUGAAGACGCUGUCCACCGUCACCUGGGAAAAGGUGCUCCGGGUCCGUGCCCAGAGCAAUCUAAGUGGCCAAUUCAAUGCUGCUGUGUGAAGGAUAGUAUCACGGCUGGACUACUUCAGCAAUCUGGACCAAACCUCAUUGUUAGCCCCGCCACACUGGUUCCAAGUUGGAAGGACGAAUUCCGGAAGUGGGUAGAUCCCGCAUACCGAAAAAAUUUAGGCUUGAGACUUGGCCUAGAUCGGGGCAACGAUCCUAGAUACGAGGUCAAGCUAAUGCGGUCCGCGAAGAAUAAAGAUGGCAAAGACGAAAUCGUGAAAGGAAACGCUUGGAAAAUAAGCACUCCACCUGAUCAGAGACCAUCAAUCGAAAGUCAGCGUUGGUUAAUUGUUGCAUCUCCACAAAGCUUGGAAUCCAAGAUCAGCAGGGUCUUGAACUAUACACGCAAAUGGAAGGAGCCUAGACCUGGUCACCCGCGCGCGCAAGACACUCAUUCUGUGACAGAAUUGCAAGCAUCCUGGGGCUUGAUGAUCGACGACGAAUAUACUACCCAUAAGAGCAAAGACUCUGCUAUGAUGGUAGCAUGGAGAAAUAUGAAGAAGCAAUCUUGGAUGGAAGCGGCAAAAUUUAUUGCUGUGUCAGGUACCCCUAUCUCGAAAUCUCCAAAGGAUAUUGAGGGAGUACUGAGUGUGCUCUCUACCGGCUCCGAGCACCUCUGGGAAGAAGAGACGCCUUGGAAAUUUGGACUGCAAGCUGAAUUUGGUCAUAUCGUAAACGCAUUCACGGCCGCGCAGAAAGGGACCUGUGAAACACAAAGAUUCGAGAAGUACCAGGGUCAACUCACUUCGCUAUGCGAAUCAAUCAUUCUGCGACGCACGGACAGAUCCCAAUUCCAAGGCCAACCAAUGAUACACCUCCCGCCAAUCGAGGAAAGACACGUUGCUAUUGAGUUUCCUUCUCAAUAUGUUGUCGACCUCGAAAACAUUGAGAAAGGCAUUGCUAACAAGGUCAGGGAAGUAGCCACAGAAGAAGGUCACCGCGUGAGAAAAACCGAUUUCUGGCUGAACUCAACCAAGGCAAGAGCAACAGGUUGCUAUCCGGCUUUGGGGUCAAUCGCACUGUCAGGUGAUGCCAAAUUGACAUGGGGAGAUUAUGUCAAUAACGUAUGGAAGACCCAGUGGGAAGGAACACCCUCGGACUCCCCAAACCCGUACUACAAGAAUUUUGUGGAAAUCAUGAGGAACAGCCCUUCCCUCGAUUUCAUUGUAAGCAUUGUGCAGGAGCUCGGGAGUAUGUGGUUCAAAAGAGGAGGAGAUACUGCGACAUGUCUUGUACCAGAAAAAUUGGUGAUUAUGACAGUUCAACCACUGGUCGCGGAGCUGACCGCCCGGGGGCUCACAAAACGCCUGAAUGAGUUGCAAAUUCAGAAGCGUGUUAAGUUCAUGAGCGCAGAUGUCUCUAUCCCGGCUCGCAAGGCGUACGUAGACGCCUUCCAGGAGGAUCGUGGUGCGGACCCUGAACUUGAAGCCGACAUCUUGGUGGUGCCAACGAAGGUUUUCGGAAAGGGCUACACAAUGACCAGGUCAAAGCGGAUCAUUGUCAUGGACAUGGAUUGGCUCGAGGAGACCUAUCUUCAAGCUAUCAAACGUGUCCAUCGUAUUGGCUCUUUGAACGACGUCACCGCUUAUAUGCUAUACGUGGGUCAAGUCAGGGUAAAUAGGGACACGUACCGCAUUCAGCGAAAACGCCGUGAGCAGAUGCAGGCCACAGUAAGGACACAAGCUGAAAAGGAGGAAGCUGAGAAUCAAACAGAUCAGAAGGUUACAGAGGGGGACGAAUUCACUCUAUGGAUCCUGAUGCAGCUGCAGAAGAUGAAGGAAGAUGAUGAUGAUGAUGAUGAUGAUGAUGAUGAUGAUGAUGAUGAUGAUGAGGAUUUGAUUGAGACUACCGAGGAUGGAGUGCCGGUUACGGAGGCUUCAUCCCGCAAGGCUGAAGGCAAGCAGAAGGAGGUGCCCCGCAGCCCCAGCCUAACUAGCUCCACAUCAACUACCUCGUCUCGUAAACGUGGUCCUAGCGACUUGGAGUUGAUGAUGGACGCUAUGGGACGCUAUGGGGCAAGGGGAGGCUAA